UUCCAACUCGUUGGAUUCUCACUCCGUCUCACUUAUAAACUCGCUCUCUCUCAUUGUCUCGAAUCGCCUCCUGUCACGUCCAAAGUCCUCCUGUGGCCAACGAACCUCCCCCACCGCUGUACGCGUACAUUGUACCCCUCCCUCUAGUUCCCAACCUAAGCCGGAUCCAAUCUCACCGCCAUUGCCCUCUGGACGCGUGCGACAACCUUUCCCAUUCAUGUCCACCAGCGACAGGGAUGGUGACGAUCGUCCACCACCGCCUUCCAACAGCAACUCUAUCCCUGCACCCCUCCCACCACCACGCGUGUCAUCCCCGCUUGCUCCCCGCCGCCACCGAUCAGGCGCGUCGGCGACCUCUAUAGCGACCUUUCCACUUCAACAACCUCAACAACCUUCAGGCACAUCGUCUUCGAUAAGAGUCGUCCACACCCCACCCACACGUCCCCUUUCAAGGAUGUCUGAUGUCUUCAAUCCCACCGACGCCCUCGACGAUAGGUGGUGGGACGUCGACGAUGUCGACCGCCAGGAGCAUCUCUCAGAAAUCUUCAGCACGUUCAUUCCGGCGGCCUUGCGACAAUCAGGCGAUGUGACGGAAGCGGCGACAGCAGGGUCUUCGUCGACGCUGCCAUCUGCCGCGCCAGCAGAACGCUCGGCACCGCCGCAGCAAUCGCAGGCGACUCUCACAUUUGACCAGCUCCUCGGCGCUGUCCCACGUCCACCGCGCCCCUUGCCCGAGCCUCGUUCGUUCUCUUCGUCAUCUCGCAACACAUCUCACCUGGGACCUGUGUCAUUCCGCCCGUCCGCUCUCGGCAUGAGCUUUCCCAACAAUCGGAUUGACAGCGGCGCCGCAGGUAGCUCGUCCAUCACAGUUGCCGACCAGCCCCACCCCUGGACCGCGCCUCUGGAAACAGCACGGUUGGCAGGAUACACUGGGGACACGGUAACAAGAGAGACAUUCCGAGGUGUGAAUGACUACGAAACCCUUUCACGCCUGUCGGCGCGGUCUAGGGCUGCAACUGCAGAGACCGCACGGCAACGCUGGAACGAGACUCGUGAUCGCGAGCGGCUGUCGGAUGCGCAACGGCAACACCUACGCGACCUGGUGGCGCCGACACCCCCAGGUAUUUACAGUGCCCGUACCCGAACCAUUCUGUCAAUGGUGUCUCGGGCUCGCCCAAGCACCGGCGACACGACACCCGGCAUUGGCUCUUCAGCUCAGCAAUUGUACGGGUCGCGAAACAGCAACGAGAGAAUGGCGACCACAAUGCUGCGACGUCGUCGAACCGAGACGGACCGUUCCACCGAGCAGACUACCACAACACGAAUCACGUAUGGCUUCGAUCCCAUCGACAUCGACGGUGCCACAAAUCACAUCUGGGAUCAGCUUGGUGACCCAGACGCAGAUUCGGACGACGACGAUGCGGCCUCCGCCCAAGGGUGGGGCAUUUUCCGAGAGGGUGAACCGGUCCCUUCGACGCGCGAUGCGGAUGACAGCCUCAGCAUACUGCCCACGGCUCUCGAUGACAUCAGUCUGGACGGCUGGGGAGGUAACGCUGAAGGGGGUGCCACGCUGUCGCGUGGACGAUUCAACCGCCGACGCCAAAGCGUUCUGCGUUCAGCAGACGAGUCGGAUGACUUUGCCAUCGACUUUACACCCCGCAUUCGCCCAUCGUCGUACGCGCCCACCAACAUUGACAACGUUGGAGAGCCUGUGGUCGUCGGAGGGACCAACACGAUCAGCACUCUCGGCAGGCGUCGUCGCUCUGGAGGCGCUGUCAUGGAGGCAACCAAACCGGAUGAGCGCCAAGACGUCCCGGCUAUGGCAAAACGUCGCCGAAAGGACUUGCCAGAUGCAGCGCCGGCACGCCCAACAUAUCUUUCAUUCACGGCUUUGCCAUUAUCAGCGGUGCUGCCUAACGAGUUUGUCACUCCCCCUCGCCACUCCAAACUGGAGUUGAGCACCAGAGAUACUGGUGAUCUGCCCAAUCGGCCAGUCGUCACAUUUGCACCAAAGCACAAGGGCGAUAACGGUGAUGACGACGCAUGCUCGAUUCUUACGACACGGCCCAUCCCGUCCGGCAUCGGUGUUCACUACUACGAGGUCGAGGUGCUAUCUCUCGGCAAGGUCGCAAACCUCACUGUUGGCUGGAUGACACGAAACGUGCAGCUGAGCCGAUUGGUGGGAUGGGACCAGGGUUCUUGGGGGUGGCAUGGUGAUGACGGCAAGACGUUUGAAGGUGCAGGCACUGGGACCGACUUUAGCCCUGCUUGGAGUUUGGGGGAUAUUCUCGGUUGCGGGGUCGACUACACCACUGGACGAGCCUUCUUCACCAGGAAUGGCGAACUACUCGGCCAUGCGUUCUCCAAGAUGCCACAAGAGCUGUACCCAGCUGUCGGCAUGCGGGCGGCAACUGAAAGCCUGGCAAUCAACUUUACGGGCCCGUUCAAGUACGAUAUUGAGUCCCAUGUCGCUGCCAUCAGCGCCAAGGUUCGCGACUCUGCGAUCGCUCGACCUCGAAUGCGUUUCUCGUCCUUUCCCUAUGGAAAGGUUCCUCGACUAGCCGAGUUGGCUAGUGAGGAGCCGCAGAGUGUUAACACUCUGCCUGCAGAUGCCGCGGCCAAGAGCGCCAUCUCUCGGUUUCCAGCUGGAUCCCCGCUGAACGACUCUGCGGACCGCGCAGCGGCUGCCUUUGUCUUCGACUACCUCAGGACCCAGGGCCAUGACCACGUGCUCUCCCUCCUUGCGUCGUCGAUGGCAGAGCGUGGGAUGAUAAAGCCGCGUGAGCCGACCUCGCCAGCAGCAUCACCGAUGGAUGCAGAGGAUGUCAUCACCUCGACAAAGGACGACUUUUCAUCUGCGGCCGCGGCCGUCCUCGCCGCGACGACUGCGAUUGCUGGAUCUGGCGCAAUCCCUUGGUCUCUCCUGGAGAGCCUUGAUCCGGAGCUUGUGCCAAAGCGCGAGAGCCGCCUGGCAAUCCUUGACUUUGCUGCCCUCGCUGCACGUGCAGGGAGCACUGCGGCUGCUUCGGCAUCCCCCGAGAUCGACAUGGACGUUGACGAUUCCGAGUCGGCGCAAAUUGACACGGACAUGGACCACGACCUCAACGACUUGGAUGUCCAGGUUCUUUCCCUGGGCCAAGACCUCCGAAGGCGGUCCCAGGCCGAGCAUUGGCCCGAGGCCGAUGCGCGCCUCCUCGAGCACGCCGCAACCCUUCUCAUUGGACCGUCGGCUCUUGCCUCUGAAGUGAUCCAGGCAGCUCGUGCCGAGGAGGCGGAGAAGAUUAAGCAGAGGCUUCGAGCUACCCUUGGCCUCAAGAGCCGCUCGAAACUCGAGACGGCCAUCACUCAGAUGAGUCUCGUCACCGAGGCGCUAGGAGCGGCCGGCGAUGGAAGUGCAACCUUUGUCUCGGUGGACUCUGUCAUCAAGCCACAAGUCACUCAAAAGUCGAGUCCCACCCCAAUCAACACCGAAUAGCCAGCCACUUUGACUGUGCACUCGCAUUCCACAGACCAACUUUGUUGUACUUAUUCUUUCGCCACACCAUGUAUCUGUGCAAUGUUG